CGGAGGAAGCAGGAGCUGAUCAGGGGGAGGCAGGAGCUGGUGAAGCAGAUGGAGAAGAACGCGGAGGAACGGGUGCUGCGAGCCGAGCAGCGGGACCAGGAGACGCGGGAGAUGCUGCAGUACCUGGAGCAGCUGAAGCUGGAGGACCUGAAGGACUUGGAGCGGAGACAGGAGCAACAGAGGAAAAUCCAGGCGGAGAUUAAACGCAUCAACGACGAGAACCAGAGGUGUAAGGAGGAGCAGCUGCGGCAGGAGAGGAUGGCAGACGAGCGGAUUCUCGAGUACCAGAGGCAGAAGAUGGAGCGGGAGGCCGAGCUUGAAGCUGAGCAGGAGAGGAUCCGUCGGGAGAAGGAGAAGGAGACGGCACGCUUGAGGGCCAUGCAAGAGAGGGCCCAGGACCACCAGGCAGAGCAGGACGCGCUGAGGGCCAAGCGCAGCCAGGAGGCCGCCGAGCGGGAGUGGAGGCGCAAGGAGAAGGAGGCGGCGCAGCGCAAGGCCGAGCUGGAGGAGAAGCUGAAGCGGAGCCGCCUGGAGCAGAUCGCCGCGCGGGAGCACCGCAUGGCCGUGCAGGUGCAGCAGGACCGCGACGAGUUCGAGCGGAUCCUCAGGGCCCAGCAGGAGCAGAUGGAGAAGGAGAAGGCGGAGGCAGAGCGGAGGGCGGCCCUGCAGCACGCCCACGCCGGCGACGUCCGGCGCCAGAUGCAGGAGCAGCGGCAGCGGCGGGCGCAGGAGCGGGCGGCCGCCUUCGAGGAGCACCAGCGGCUGCAGGAGGAGGCCCGGCGGCGCAGCCAGCGCAUCACCCAGCUCAAGGAGAAGAAGAUGCAGGAGCUCAGAGCCGCCGGCAUCCCCGAGAAGUACUGCGCCCAGGUGGAGCGGCGGGCCUUGAACCGGGCGGGUGCAGCCCCCGGCCAGGCUCAGCCCCAAGGGUUUCCACGCUGA